CUUCGCUGAUUGGUUUAUUCCCAUGAAGCCGCUUUCUGCCAAUCAAUAACACAUGGGAUCGAGGAGACGAGAGUCAAAAAUAACGUGUGGUCUUCAUAAGCGUGUAACGAGUUUUUGAGAGCGUACCAAGACAGAACGACAAACGAACUCUCGACAAACCGUCAGAAUUUUGUCUUGGAAAUUUCGCGUCCGCCAGCUACAAGGUAAUUUUAUUUGAAUUUAUAUCUUUUGAUUGUGCAAUGUCGGCGACAACAAUUUUGACACCGUCGCCGAAUACAGUCUCGAAUACUCCGAACGGAGAAAGCAAUGGCAAGUGCAGUCCAGAACGCGUCAAGAGACCUAUGAAUGCAUUUAUGGUGUGGAGCAGAGAGCGGAGACGUCGCAUGGCGCAAGAAAACCCCAAGAUGCAUAAUUCUGAGAUAUCAAAGCGGCUAGGAGCCGAAUGGAAACAGCUAUCGGACGCAGAGAAGCGGCCGUAUGUGGACGAAGCGAAGAGACUGCGAGCCGUUCACAUGAAAGACCACCCCGACUACAAGUACAGACCGCGUCGAAAGAGCAAAACUUUACUGAAGAAAGACAACAAGUAUACACUGUCGAUGCUCGGAGCGCAAGGUGGACCGCCUGUUCAGCGAUCAGUUGCGCAAAGCCCGGCCGAACAUUUUUCCCAACUGAAUGGCUUUACUUACGGGCCUAUUACGGCCUACAGCCAAAUGAAUGUCAAUGAUCCUUAUAGUAAUAUGUACGCUGGCCAUCCGCUUUCACCGCAUACCCCUACUCAACUUCAACCUUCUAAUGCUCUGCACCAUUCUGGAUACCCUUCAAUGGGAGGUGGACAGAUUUAUAAUCCCGUGUCAACUCAAGGCCAAGUAUAUACCUUGAAUGGGACUCAGUCGAUGAACUCGAUUACUCCUUUGUCAUAUUCACAACCUAGCAAUCCUGUUCUCCUACCUAACGUUAAACAAGAAAUGCCGAGUCCUGGUUCGCAAGCUGGUCGCGGUCGUAGUUGCACGGAUCAAUUGGGAGAUAUGAUAAAUACAUAUCUACCUGGGGAUAGCGGAGCUCCAAACACGAAUCACCAUCAAGUCGGCGGUGCAAGCCACGUCCAACCAAAUCGUUACAGCCAGUGGCAAGAUCAGAUCACCGUGGCAAACAGUAUGCCUGUCCAUAACAGUAUUUCUAACGUUUCUGGUGUGAGCGGGACAAUCCCAUUAACUCACUUACCAUGAUGGAAUUAGCAUAGCGUCUAGCUCAUUUCUACUGCAAACGCGGUAAAUUCAUUCUGUAUUUUGUCACCCGACCCAUAUCUCGAUCGCUUGCUGAGAGAUAGAAGUUAUGAAAGAGAAAACGUCUUGCUUGAUACGACUUUCAACUCGAGAGUCAAGACGCCUUGUCGUUGACGACGCCGGAAAGUAAGGAAAAUUACGCGCUGAGUUUUCUCGCGGAGAGCUUAAUUUACAAGUUAAGUACGACAAAAUUUAUAAAUCGGGCCGGUGAGUUAUGUGAGAAACUCGCGGACUGUCUUCCUUUAUAUGAUGUGAAUAAUUCUGCUGAGAACUGAAGCGAAGUUAAUUGAGAUGACGCGUGUAUUGUCAAUAUACGAAAGACUGUAUCUAGGAAAAAGAAAAUUCUUGCUUAGCAAAGCUUUUUUGUCAGUGCGCUCGAUGUGAACGUCAAAUGUUCACGAAUGCAUUCACCGCGCGCUCGAUCAUACUUUUGAACUUUUGAUGUUUGCUGCGUUGCAUGUUUGAAUUACGUUGUAGGAUUAAAAGCACGUUUGUAUGAAUUUCAAAACCCUCUGUGUACCGAGCUAAUAUUAGAUUGUAUUGCGGAGUUCCGUAAUGAUAGCUUUAUGAUGAGAAGCAACAACUUGUAUAUAACUUCAGAUCAAAGAACAGAGAUAAUGAGAUUUCCUUUAUUUUCCUUUUGAAGAAAU